AUGACAAAGCAUCCACCUAACAGACAAGGAAUCAGCUUUGAAGUGGGAGGCCAGUUGGAAGCCCGGGACCAAUUAAAAAGCUGGUAUCCAGCUCACAUAGAAGAUAUUGAUUACGAAGAAGGAAAAGUACUGAUCCAUUUCAAGCGUUGGAACCAUCAUUCUGAUGAAUGGUUCUGCUGGGAAAGUCCUUAUUUACGCCCUUUAGAGAAAAUACAGCUGAGGAAAGCGGGCUUACAUGAAGAGGAAAGAUCAUCUGAAUUUCAAAUAAAUGAGCAGGUCCUUGCUUGCUGGUCUGAUUGUCGUUUUUACCCAGCCAAAAUCACUGCUGUUAACAAGGAUGGUACUUACACUGUGAAAUUUUAUGAUGGAGUAGUUCAGACUGUCAAACAUAUUCAUGUCAAAGCUUUUUCGAAAGAUCAGAAUAUUGUGGGUAAUGCUAGGCCUAAAGAAACAGAACACAAAAGUCUUUCAUCAUCUCCUGAUAAAAGACAGAAGUUUAAAGAGCAGAGAAAAGCCACAGCCAAUGUGAAGAAAGACAAAGAGGACAAAGCCUUAAAGACAGAAAAGAGACCCAAACAGCCUGAUAAAGAAGGAAAGUUAAUCUGUUCUGAAAAGGGGAAGGUGUCAGAGAACCUUCCCAAGAACAAGAAGGAAGAUAAAGAGAACAUUUCAGAAAAUGACAGAGAGUAUUCUGGAGAUGCUCAAGUGGAUAAGAAACCUGAAAAUGACAUUGUGAAGAGUCCACAAGAAAACUUGAGGGAGCCAAAAAGAAAGCGAGGCAGACCCCCUUCCAUAGCUCCUACUGCUGUGGAUUCAAACUCUCAAACUUUGCAACCAAUAACAUUGGAAUUGAGAAGACGGAAGAUAUCAAAAAGAAGUGAAGUCGCAUUAAAACGUCCUCGGCUUGACAAAAAUUCAUCCCAGGAAAAGUAAAAAAACUACUCGGAAAACACUGACAAAGUCCUAUCAAGGAGACGGUCCUCCAGGCUGUCCACUAGUGGGACCCACGAGAUCCUAGAUCCUGACUUGGUUGUAUCAGAUUUGGUUGAUACGGUUACUACUGAUGCUUUGCAAAACACAUCAUCUGGUACCAAGGAGUCUGAAGAAAGCCGGGAACAUCCUGAUCUGCAGCUGUGGUGUCAGCCUUGGAAACAGCAUCUGGCGGAGGGGAGAUCUCAUUCCAAACACAUCCAUGUCACUGAAGCCAAGAGCAGGGAGGAAGCCCCAAGCUAUAGAACUUUGAACGAGGCGGUGGAGAAGCCUCUGCCCCUGCCCUUGCCCCGGUCUGUGGAGGAGUCAUAUAUCACCAGCAAGCACUGCUACCAGAAGCCCCGCACCUACUACCCUGCUGUGGAACAGAAGCUGGUGGUGGAGACCCGGUGCUCUGCCCUUGACGAUGCAGUCAACCCCCUCCACGAGAAUGGUGACGAUUCCCACUCUCCGCGCCUGGGCUGGCCUCUAGAACAAGACAGGAGCAGAGGGGACAGUGACCCCAAACCCAGCUCCCCAAAGGUGAGGGAAUAUGUCUCCAGAAAGGCCCUACCUGAGGAAGCCCCGGCUCGGAAGCUGCUGGACAGAGGCGGAGAGGGGUUGCUGAGCUCCCAGCACCAGUGGCAGUUUAACCUGCUGACGCAUGUGGAGUCUCUUCAGGACGAAGUUACGCAUAGGAUGGACUCCAUUGAGAAGGAGCUGGACAUGUUGGAGAGCUGGCUGGACUACACUGGGGAGCUGGAGCCCCCGGAGCCUCUGGCCAGGCUUCCGCAGCUCAAGCAUUGCAUCAAGCAGCUGCUGAUGGACCUGGGCAAGGUGCAACAGAUCGCACUCUGCUGCUCAGCAUGA